AUGGACAUCUUCAAGUUAUUAUCAAGAGGCUCUAGCAUAAAACAUAACACAGGAAGUGUGCAAACUAAAAAAUCUUCAGCAAGACAAAAAGCAAUCGAGGGUGAUUUUAAUCAACAAAUCGAUAAAGAGUUAGAUUUCUUUCAUACAAGAAAGUUGGUUGAAAAACAAACAAGCAAAGAAAACGAUAAUCCAAACAAUCAGGAUGAUAGCCAACCAAACAAUACUUUAAAAUUUGAAACAGAUCAAUAUGAAGGUGAAGGUGAAGGUGAAGAUAAAAACAAUGACGAAAGUGAAAUUGAAGAUAAAAUCCCCAUGAAAAUCACAACUAAACAACAGGCUUUAAAUUUACGAAAAUCAUAUAAAUGCAAAAUAUCUGGGGACGAUAUUCCUUUACCAAUUGCAUCAUUUGAAGAUUUGAUUUCUAGGUUUAAAUUCAAUAAAACUUUAUUAAAUAACUUGAUCGAAUCUGGUUUUGAUAAGCCAACACCAAUUCAAUCCGAAACCAUUCCAAUUUUUCAAUUUAAUAGAGACUUAAUCGCCUGUGCACCCACAGGUUCAGGUAAAACGUUGGCUUUUUUACUUCCUUUGAUACAGAAAUUAUUAGACGAUAACUUAUCAAAUUUGAAAGCCAAAUCAGAUUCUUUAAAAGGCAUCAAGGCCCUAAUAAUAUCUCCAACUAAAGAGUUAGCAAAUCAAAUUUUUAACGAAUCAUUAAAAUUAAUCAAUAAUUUCAGAAAAACCGAAAGAUUAAAUAUUGGUUUAUUAUCAAAAUCAUUAGCUUCAAAAUUUAAAAAUAAAAUUAUAAACAAUGAUAAAUAUGACAUUUUAAUUACUACUCCCUUAAGAUUGAUUGAUUUAUUAAACCACGAUAACUCAAUUUCAUUGAGUAACAUAAAAUAUUUGGUUUUUGAUGAAGCCGAUAAAUUGUUUGAUAAAAAUUUCUUGGAACAAUCUGAUAAUAUUCUUUCCAAAUGUAAUAAUGGUAACAAAAAUUUUCAAAAACUCAUGUUUAGUGCAACAAUUCCUUCUUCUGUUGAAGAGAUCGCUCGAAACAUAAUGAUAUCUCCUAUAAGAGUUAUAAUAGGUAACAAAGAAUCUGCAAAUGAUAAAAUUGAACAAAAGGUUUUAUUUUGUGGUUCUGAAGAAGGAAAAUUGUUAGCUAUCAGACAAAUGAUACAAAACUCAGAGUUUAAACCACCUGUGAUAAUAUUUUUGCAGUCUGUAAUUAGAGUAAAGGCUUUAUUUCACGAGUUGUUAUACGAUAGAUUAAAUGUUGAUUAUAUAACUGCUGAAAGAACCCAGUUGCAAAGAGAUAAAGUCAUAGAGAGGUUCAAAAAUGGUGAUAUUUGGUGUUUGAUCUGUACUGAUGUUUUAAGUCGUGGUAUCGAUUUUAAGGGUGUUAAUCUUGUUAUUAAUUAUGAUGUCCCCAACUCUGCACAGUCAUAUAUUCAUAGAAUUGGUAGAACUGCUAGAGGUAACCAGUUUGGAAAGGCUGUCACUUUUUUUACCAAAGAAGAUUCUGAGUCUAUUAGAACAAUUAUCAACGUUAUGAAACAUUCUGGCUCUGAGUAUAGUGAAUGGCUAGAAAAGAUUCCCAAGCUUUCGAAAAAACAGAAAAAGAAUUUUAAAAAGAACUCGAUUGAUAGAAAAGAAAUAUCUACUGUUCCUAAGAUUAUAAGAAAAAAGAGAAAGCAACAUAAAGAGAUGGUUGAAGCUUCAAAAAGAAGAAAACAUAUAAAUAAUGACAAAGCUUUUGGGAAAAAUGUCACAGGAGACAGCGAUAUUGAAUAG